AUGGACAUAUCCCUCGGCCCAUACCGAUUCAACUAUCCCGAUGACGGCCUGGCAAUAUACAAACUAGAGGAUCUAGUCGAGCAGUACUUCCUUUGUAAUGAGCAUUUCUGGUUCCAGGUUCUGUGUGUCGGGGGGAAGAUGUUCAAGUUUCGGGUUUCGACGCAUACGGAGGAGGAGCAGGGGAUGAAGAUUUGGAAGACGUUUCGGGGGGUCCCGAGGGAGAAGAGAUCAUUGAGUGACUACAUAGAUGUCCAGAAAGGAACUGCUGGUCAGUUUCAUUUGAUAUGGAUGUCUGUUGUGGAGUUAUCGCUGGCACUACGCAUUCUUGAAGACAGAAUUCGAGGUCUGGGAGACGACGAGGAAAACAAAAGUUUCAAAAAAGAGUGUCAGAAAUUGAAAGAAGCAAUGAUAGUUGCAAGGAAGUGGAAACAGAAAGAGGAGAUGCAGGGUCAGUGUUGUUGGUGA